GUAUGUGGCAAAAAUUUUGCAAGUUAGCGAAUAAAUCUCAAUAUUUCAGACAGAGAGCAACUUUAUCAUUCGUUCAAUAUACUUAAAACGUAUCAUGGAGCCAGCGAAGAUGAUCAAGUUGGAUGAAAAUGGUGUUCCAGCUGACGUAGACACUAUGAAGUCUUGCCAAUCGAGCACAACAGAGGAAGCCCUUGAUAGUGGGAAGACUCGGACAGAGUAUGACAGUUUUGGCGGGGUUGAAGUUCCAGCUGACAGAUACUGGGGAGCUGUCACCGAAAGAUCGAUGCUGAAUUUCCACAUUGGACGCGAGAAAGAGAAGAUUCCAAUCCUCUUCAUCCAGUCCUAUGGCAUUCUUAAACGUGCCGCUGCAGAGGUAAAUCGAGAUUUGAAUGGUUUGGACCCAAAGUUGGCUGAAUAUAUCAUCAAAGCAGCUAAAGAGGUGACCGCGGGUAAACUCAAUGGCCAUUUUCCACUGGUGAUCUGGCAGACUGGCUCGGGGACGCAGACGAACAUGAACCUGAAUGAAGUGAUCAGCAACCGCGCCAUCGAGAUGAUGGGAGGAAAGAUGGGUAGUAAGAGUCCUAUACAUCCAAACGACCAUGUCAACAUGAGUCAAAGUUCAAAUGAUACAUUCCCGACAACGAUGAAGAUAGCGACGGCCAUCAAGCUCCAUGACGUGGUCAUUCCAGGCCUGGAGAUGUUACAUGCUGCACUCGCGGAGAAGGCAGAAGAAUUCAAGGAUAUAGUCAAACUCGGACGUACCCACUGGCAGGAUGCUACUCCCCUCACCCUCGGUCAGGAGUUCAGCAGCUACGCUAAACAAGUCGAAUAUGGUAUUGAGCGAGUUAAAACUACACUUCCUAGGCUUUAUGAAAUUCCCGUCGGUGGCACUGCUGUUGGAACCGGUAUCAACACAAAAGUUGGAUAUGCUGAGAAAAUGGCUGCCAAAAUCGCUGAAAUUACGACCCUCCCAUUCGUAACUGCGCCAAAUAAAUUUGAAUCUCAGGCAAAUCAAGACUCGAUGGUAGAGGUUCAUGGUGCCCUGAACACCGUCGCCUGCAGCCUCAUGAAGAUCGGGAACGAUAUACGCCUGCUCGGGGCAGGACCAAGAUGCGGCAUCGGUGAAAUCCAUCUGCCUGAGAACGAGCCUGGCAGCAGUAUUAUGCCUGGCAAGGUGAACCCUACCCAGUGCGAAGCUCUCACGAUGGUCGCCGCUCAAGUCAUGGGAAACCAGGUCGCGGUGUCGGUCGGAGGAAGCAGCGGCCAUUUUGAAUUAAACGUCUUCAUGCCGAUGAUCAUGGCUAACGUCUUGCGUUCGGGUCGCUUGAUAGGUGACGCCAGUGUCAGCUUUACGAAAAACUGCAUAAAAGGCAUCACGCCGAAUAAACGGCGAAUUGGUCGGUUCUUGAAUGAGUCCCUGAUGUUGGUGACUGCUCUGAAUCCAAAGAUCGGUUACGAAAACGGAGCAAAGAUUGCAAAACAUGCCCUUGAGCAUCACAUGACAUUGAAGGAGGCUGCAACUCACUUGGGACUUGUUACUCCAGAACAGUUUGAUGAGUGGGUGAGACCUGAGAAUAUGUUAGGACCGAAGGAGAAUUGAGAACAUUUGAGUUGAAUUUAUUGCCUAGUUGUGUAAUUUUAACACCCAAGGUGUUAAUAAUCUAAAUUGUGACCAGUUCAUAGUUGUUAAAAAACGAAUUAUUUAUACUUUCUCAGGUGGUGAAUUGGGGGGAAAAGCAGAUGGUCAGACAUGGUUAUCAGGGAAAGGUUUCACCUAGUGGAAUGAUCUUUAUUGGUGGUGGAUUUUCAGUAAUGCUGUCAACCAGUAUGCUAAUAUGCUAGCAUGUAUUACAAUGCAAACAUAUUGUAUGAGGAACAUCCAUCUGUUACAUGUAUUGUUAUAGAAUUGUUGUCAUGUGUUUGAAUGAAGAAAGAUCUGAAGGCAGCUGAAUGAUUAAAAUCAUUGGUUUA